AUGAAACUCUUAAUAGUUUUAGAAAUUUUUCAUAUUUUACAAAUAUGUUUCGCUCAAUAUAAUGAUUAUUCAUCGUUUUUGAGUUCGAAUGCAUCGUUGGCAGUUGUGGUCGAUCAAGAAUAUAUGCGUCAGCAUAAUGAGAAUAUUAUGGCACAUUUUCAAAAGAUUCUAAGUGAUACGAUACGUGAAAAUUUAAAAAAUGGUGGUUUAAAUGUUAAAUAUUUUACUUGGAGUGGUAUACGUUUAAAGAAGGAAUUUCUAGCCGCCAUGACUGUAAUGGAUUGUGAAACUACUUGGAAAUUCUUUGAAACUACGCGUUCCUCAUCGGUAUUACUAAUAUCAAUAACUGAUUCAGAUUGUCCUCGGCUACCGCUAAAUGAAGCUAUAAUGAUACCCUCCGUUGGCAUUUCGAAAGAAUUUCCACAAAUGAUGUUAGAUGCUAAAGUUCAAAAAUUACUUAAAUGGAAAACUGCUAUCGUAAUGAUGGAUGAAACGAUAGUAAAUCAAAAUACUAAAUUAGUAGAAUCGGUGGUGCACGAAGGCACAAAUAAUAUUGUACCAAUUGCACUUUAUCUCUAUGGUAUUAAUGAUCAGUUGAGAUCACAAAAGAAACGACAAGCUAUUCGUGAGGCUUUGCAACCAUUUCAGACAAACUCUCAAGAUUCACAUAAUUUUAUAAUAUUUUCCAAGUUUUACGAAGAUAUUAUAGAAGUGGCAGAAAAUAUGAAUAUGUUUCAUGCGAAAAAUCAAUGGUUGUUUUUCGUUCUAGAAGAACAUCGGCGAGAUUUUGAUGCAUUAGCGGUGACACAAAAUUUACAGGAAGGAACGAAUAUAGCAUUUGUUUUGAAUGAGACUACAUCGGAUUGUGUGAUUUCCCUUAAUUGUACGAUUGAGGAUGUAAGUAGAGCUUUUGUUUCAUCGAUAUCUAAACUUAUCACUGAAGAACAGUCUAUAUAUGGUGAAAUAUCUGAUGAAGAAUGGGAGGCCUUGAGAUAUUCGAAAAGUGAAAAACAAAAUGAGAUAUUGAGGAUAAUGAAGGAAUAUUUAAAAGAUCAUAGUAGAUGUGAAAGUUGUUCUAAGUGGCGCAUUGAUACUGCCAUAAACUGGGGUAAAUCUCAAGAACACAAAAGAACUCUAAGAGUUUCUUCCAAUAGUCCCAAUAGAAAUUUUGAAUUUACAAAUGUGGGUUAUUGGUCACCCUUAUUGGGGUUUGUUACACAAGAUUUGGCUUUUCCUCAUGCCAUACAUCAUUUUCGUAAUAUAACUUUGGAUAUUUUAACAGUACAUAAUCCUCCCUGGCAAAUAUUGAAAAAAGAUAGUAGAGGCAAUAUAAUCGAACAUUCGGGAAUUGUUAUGGAAAUUGUCAAGGAAUUAUCGCGCAUGUUAAACUUUAGCUAUAAACUUCAUGAUGCUCAUGCUAUCACAAACGAUGAACAAAUGGGACAAAAUGAAACAGACUUAUUGGGAACACUUACAUACAUUAUACCCUAUCAAGUGGUUGAAUUGCUUCAAUCGAAUAAAUUUUUCAUGGCUGCUGUAGCUGCAACAGUAGAUGAACCAGAUAAAAAACAUUUCAAUUAUACAAUACCUAUAAGUAUUCAGAAAUAUUCAUUUUUAUCUCGAAAACCAGAUGAAGUUAGUCGCAUAUAUUUAUUUACGGCACCAUUUACAUUAGAGACUUGGGCUUCAUUAAUUGGUGUAAUUUUAAUAACAUCACCAGUACUUUAUGUCAUAAAUCGUUUAGUACCGACGCAACAUUUAAAGGUUAAGGGUUUUUGUACCAUUAAAAAUUGUUUUUGGUAUAUUUAUGGGGCUUUAUUGCAACAGGGUGGCAUGUACUUACCUCAAGCUGAUAGUGGUCGUUUAGUUAUUGGCUUUUGGUGGAUUGUCGUUAUAGUUCUGGUUACAACAUAUUGCGGUAAUCUAGUAGCAUUUUUAACGUUUCCGAAAUUUCAACCGGGUUUAGAUUAUUUUUUUCAACUCUUUAAACACGGCGAGUAUGAGCAAUUGGGUUUACGUAAUGGCACAUUUUUCGAAAAAUAUGCAAUGACAUCAACCCGCAAUGAAUUUCACAAAUAUUUGGAACUGGCCACCAUUUACAAUAACAUGAAAGAGGAAAAUAUAGAGGCAGUCAAAGAUGGUGAACGUGUGAAUAUCGAUUGGCGCAUUAAUUUGCAAUUGAUAAUACAAAAUCAUUUCGAAAAAGAUAAAGAAUGUAAAUUUGCUCUCGGCAAGGAGAAUUUCCUAGACGAACAAAUAGCUUUAAUGGUGCCCAGCAAUAGUCCUUAUUUAAAUUUGAUAAAUGAGCAAAUAACUAGACUCAGUCAAAUGGGUUUCAUAGAAAGAUGGCAUCAAACAAAUUUACCCUCAAUGGAUAAAUGCAACGGCCGAGGAGUGCUUAGACAAAUAACAAAUCAUAAAGUUAAUUUGGAUGAUAUGCAGGGAUGUUUUCUAGUGCUACUACUGGGUAAGUUUUUCAACUAAAAACCUAAUAAAAGAAAAUAAGUCAACUAAUGUUUCAUU